UACAGUAUUAAAUUUGAUAAUGAUAAUGCAAACGAAAAUAUUUUAUCUGCUUUAGCAGAACUGAAUAACACUUUUUUUAUUGAAAACAAUUCAAGUUCUGAUGAAAUAAGUAUAUCAGACAAUGAAAUUAUUCCUAAUAUUAACGAUAUUGAGGAUGAUACUCAAAGUCUUGUAGAAAAUUUUAAUAAAAUGCAUUUAAACAACUUUGAAUUUAUGGAAAAUUCUGAUAGCUAUAUUGAAGACAAGGUUUAUGAUGAUAUAAAAUUAAAAGUAAAAGAAUUUUUUGAUAAAGGAAAAUGCACAUGUAAUUAUAAGUAUUUUGAGAAAAUUGGAUAUAAGAGGUUUCUUACAAGUCGAAUAGAAUUUGAAGCUUUAAAUAAAGAUAUGCGGGAUAUGGUUAUCAAAAGCCAACUAAUGGCAUUUCAACAUGACGAAAAUACAAAAAAAGUAACUGCCAAUAAUAGAAAAUUUUUCCAUUUCAAAUAUUGUUUUAAUAACAGCACUCCUGUUUGUCGUAGCACAUAUCAGACUCUUGUUGGUGUUGGUUAUUCUUAUUUAGAUAAUGAACGUAUACAUGGUAAUACUGGAAAUGUUCCAAAAAAUAUGAUACUUGUUGAAGUAAAUUAUGAUAUGACGUGUGAAAUUUAUAACUUUUUAAAAAAUUACUCUGAUAUAUAUGGUUUACCUUCAUCUGGGCGAAAAUUAAACAAAAUAACUAUGCCAAUAGUAUUUCUUCCAACAAAUUUUAGUUAUGCAUCAGUAUAUUAUGAUUAUACUCAAGCUUAUAAAAAACAAUAUGGAGAAAAAAAAUGUAUUUUAUCUGAAAGAACUUUUAGAAGGACCUGGAAAUCCUUAAUGCAAUCACUCCAGUUUAUGUCCUCAAAGUCUAAUUUGUGCAAUACAUGCGAAGCAAUGAAAUUGGAGAUUCAAUAUAUUACAGAACAUGAAAAAAAAUAUCAGUCACUGGGAAUUAUUUGGCUCAUUUGAGUCGUGCAAAAGAAGAACGUAAUAUUAUAAUAACAAUAUUACACUCGCAGUUGAAGAUGGAAAAAGAAACCCAAAUAAAACUAAAACUCAGAUAUUAUUUAAAAGUUUUGAAGAGAGCGCUCAUAUCACAUAUGAUUGGGCUCAGAAUGUACAUGUUCCUUACUUCCCACAACAAGUAGGAUCUUUAUUUUUUAAAAGUCCUCGAAAAGUUCAUUUAUUUGGAGUUUGUAAUACUGGAAACUUUCCUCACACAGAAC